AUGCAGGGCUACGACAAAGGCCUACGCGGCCGGCCGGCUCCUCGAGUUCUCACGACGCAGAGCCGUGCCCUUGUGCUUGUCGGCCUCUUCAUUCUAACCCUUGCUGCCAUCGGUUCCGUCAGCCUGGUAGCCGAAGAGGCGGUCAACAUGCAAGCAGGCAGUCACGCGAAGCGACAGUUUCAACUUGGCGCCAUUCUUGCUCACCAGGCUGACCCGUCGCCCGCGUCCCCCGCCGCUGCUACAAACCCCCAGGACACCCAGCACGAGGAGACACAAAACCCGCGCCACGAGAGCUCGGUGGCUUCGCUGUCAGUCUCCUCACGCCCAGCUGUCAUGACGGAGACCGUGUCUUUGGUUCCGAUCGACGGAGAGGCCGAAUCGAAAACCAGUCAAGUCGACGAUGCCGCUGCAACGCAGUACUCGCAGAGCCCAUCGCUUGCCCUGCUCGACGCCUUGAUCGAAGCCCUGAGCAAGGUGGUCAAGCCCUCUGUUAUCUUGUCUGGCUCCGAAUCCACCACGACACUUGAGUCAUCUGCGUCAAGCACCCCUGAGCACAUCGCCGACAAGACGCCCGAAGCCUCUCAGACUUUGCCUUUUACGCCUUCUCCCAUUGGCCCAGGAGCAGAUGCAUCUCCGACCUGGAGUUUGACGGCCGGUUUCCUGGGCGGCUUAGCCGGACGAGAGUCUAGGCAAGGAAACGAGCACCUUGGAGCUAUCAAUCGAUUGCGAGCGCGCGACGCACCGUCAACACUUGGCAGCCAAGUCGUCUCGUUGCUCGGUCCCCUGUCAGACGUGGUCGCGCAAGCUGUUCCCGUAGACGCUGGAGCAGCCGCCCGACUGAUGGAUGUCGUUCUGGAGGCCUUGCCCAUCGACGCAGAUGCUGUGGCUUCUGCCAUUCCCCAAGUGGCCCAGCAGGCUUCAGUCAAGACCGUCGAUCUCCUCCCUCUCAUUCUUCCUGCCAUUGCUGCUGCCCUCGGCAAACAGUUGGACCAACAUGAUCCUGUGAGCCUUUCCGAUCUGUCAGGGGCCUUGAAGAAUAUUGUCACGCAGGGCAUCGCCGUCAUCAACGAGAUCACAAGCACCAUGAGGACCGCCCUGCGACCCGAACUGCAGGUCAUUCUCGACCAGGUCGCCGUCAUUGUCUACGCUGCCGCGAACCGCCUGGGCGAGACGCUCUGUGCCAUCGGCCAAAACGUGCAAGGCGUCCCCCUCGAGGCCGUCGUGCCCUGCUCGUCUGCGGGCCAGGGCCCGGCGUCGGUCUCCGCCAGCGUCAUUACGUUGAAUCCCGGAUCGGCUGCGGCGGGUACAAUGGCUGCAGACGCGGCUUCUUGGAACAUUAUAUCUAUUGCGAGUCCUCAGGCAUACGGACCGCUGCAGAGCCAGCCAACGGGCGUUCCCUCGCCGGCGUCGACGACAUGUGCGGAAAGUCAAGUUGCAUCGGUCACGGCGGCGAACUUGCCAGAUGCCAGGCAAAAGACGAGUCAGGCGCAGCAAAGUGCAUCUUCCGGUGAUGCGACCAAGUCGCCAUCAACUGUUGCAGUGCCAGGCACCCAGACGCCGGGGUCUUCUCCAUCCUUGCCAGCGAGCCCUGCCGCUGUUUCGCCGGCGAGUACAGCGGUGCAACUGACGAGCUGUCCCGGUGUCAUGGCCAGCCCUCCGGAUAACGACUUGGGUCCUUGUCCCGGCCGAGGAUUCCGAUGCUCCGACUGCCUCAACGGAUGGUUCUGUCCUCCGCAGGAAACGCCGGCUCAAGUUGCCCCUUGCGGCUUGGGCUGGCCAUGCUUCCAUUGCAAGUCCGGUUGGUACUGCGUGUCCGACAGUGGUCCCGCGUCCACAAGCCAGCCUCCGACAGCAGCCGAACAGGCCACGCCAACGCCAGCCAGUGCAGCACCAGCGGGCAGCACCCCUGUGCCGGGCGACGUCGCAGCUCGCGAUUGGAAGUAUCUGGGAUGUUUUCAGGACGCCAUCAACAGGACGCUGGUCGGGUCCAGGCCGCUGGACUACCUCCGGGGGGACAUGUCGAAUGGAACGUGCAUCGACCAUUGCGACUCGAAGGGGGUGCAGGAAGCCAACGCUGCGGAGGCAGCUGGGCGAUAUCUGUCUUCAUGGGCCCCGGCGGGGCGAGCCAGCCAGACGCAGGAAAAGCGCCUCCAGGCCCGGCACCCGCAGGAACGGGCCUGGCAGGGGAACCAAUGA